CACAGAGCUCACAUGGAUCUUAGCAGCAGAACGGUGGUGAAUCUGGUGGUGUUGGCGCUGGUAGCUCAGGUAACUGUGUCCCAGCACUGGUCCUACGGGUGGCUACCAGGGGGUAAGAGGAGUGUUGGAGAGCUGGAGGCUACUAUUAGGAUGAUGGGUACAGGCGGUGUAAUGUCUGUUCCUGAGGAGACAAGUCUCAAUGCACUGGAGAGGCUGAAUCCAUAUGAUGUCCUUAAUGAUGAAUCAAAUCGUUUCAAAACAAAGAAGCAUCAGCCAAACAAUUGA